AUGUUUGUAUGUAAAGCCUGCAGAGUGGCAGCAGCUCAUGCUCGCAUCCAAAAGACACGAUGGCAGUCUCAUAUGAGAGCUCCUAUAUCACUCGCUUCUCGUAAACUGUCGAUACUUGCCAACCUGAAAUCAACGUCGACAAGUAGCACUCAUCGCGAUGAAGCUGAUGACGAACACAUAUCAGAAGCCAUCAAUAAUCCACCACGGCACUCGAAACCUUCCUUUCUCUUCCGUCCUUUACACCAACCAACCGGUCUAUUUGGCUAUACAUUCUUGACACAUCCAAACGAACUGGUCGUGUCAGCCCAGCAUACCUUACGUCUCGCCCAGCGGAUUGUCGAUCUAGUAUGUAGUGCAACUACUGAAUCUGAACUGAAAAGAACUGUGAAACGGCUGGACCGAUUGUCUGAUUUGAUUUGCUCAGUGGUCGAUGGUGCUGAAGUCGUAAAGAACAUACAUCCUGAUUCGAGAUGGGUGCAUGCUGCUAAAGAAGCUCAUCUCGUCCUGAGCGAUUAUCUGAAUCAGUUGAAUACGCAUACGGGCCUGUAUCAGGUGCUCAAACGAACUGUCGAAACACCAUCUAUUACCUCUCAAUGGGACGAACAGGAGAUGCAAGUUGCUCGUCUCUUGUUAGCAGAUUUCGAAAAAUCAGGAAUCCAUCUCCCUCAAAUAGUACGAGAUAAAGUAGUCACUCUCCAUAAUCGAAUCCUCUCUGUCGGCCAGGACUUCGUCAUGGGCGCGGGGCCAGCAACACCAGGAGUCGUCAUUCGGGACGCUCAGAACGCAUUACAGGGGCUUCCACCGGAUAUACUUGAAUCCUGUCUUAUAGAUAACAAGAAGAAACUGGCUAUACUAGGAUCUUCUAGAUAUGCCGGUAGCAAUAGAGGCGGAGGAGGCGGGAGUGCAACUGCUAUGAUACCUAUGGGAUCUCCUGCUGUAAACGCGGUGUUGAGGUUUUGUAGAAACGAGGACGUGCGAAAACGGGUGUAUGAAGCUUCGAAUUCUGGAACGGAUGCUCAAGUUGCCCUUCUAGAUGACUUGUUACAGACUAGAGCCGAAUUGGCACACGUAUUAGGUGUGUCCAGUUACGCUUGCUUGCAUUUAUCUGACAAGAUGGCCCAGACACCAGAACACGUAAUGAGUUUUCUGAACGACCUCGCAUCCGCAUAUCGACCAUUAGCAGAAUCCAAAAUUCAACAAUUACGAGACAUUAAAAAGCAUCAUUCCACAUCCAACACAUCCGAUAUUUAUGCGUGGGAUCGUCUGUUUUACUCCCAAUUUACGUCAUCGCCCGAUACCAUGUCACCAUCACCACCGUCCCAUGAUCCUUUCCAUCCAAACUCGACGCCAAUACAUCCACAUGAAUCAAACAUGAUGGAUUCCACAUCAGCGUAUCUCACACCGGGUGGAGCCUUUAAAGGAAUUGCGUACCUCUUUAGACUGUUAUAUGGUGUUAGAUUACAAGUCACACCCACACUACCUGGAGAAACAUGGCAUCCAGAUGUGGUCAGACUGGACGUCAUUGAUGAAGGUGGAGUCGUUCUGGGUACUAUAUAUUGUGACUUGUAUGAACGUGAAGUGGGCGGUGGUCGUAAAUAUGAAUCUGCUGCUCAUUUCACCGUUCGUGGAUCUCGGAGGAUUGAUGGUGAUUUUGAGGAAUCUGAUGACUACUUAAUGAGUAGUCACAGUAAUGGUACUAGUGGUGGUGACAAGCAACACAUAUUGUCUCGUCCUCAAGGGAUUUCGGAAGUUGAUGGCAAAAAAUAUCAAAUCCCGGUUGUUGUACUCGUCACGAGUUUUCAGCGACCUCAAGGGCACAAUAAGCCUAGCUUACUGAGCUUGGGAGAAUGUGAAACGCUGUUUCAUGAGAUGGGGCAUGCUCUGCAUUCUAUGCUGGCCAGAACAGACUACCAACACAUCGCAGGGACAAGAUGCUCUGUGGAUUUCGUCGAAAUCCCGUCCAUGUUUCACGAACGAUUUGCACGACACCCGGUAAUCCUCUCCUACAUUGGCCGCCAUCAUAAAACCCGUCAGCCUCUCCCACCACAUCUACUAGCCUCCAUAUCCCAAUCUGCAUCAUACACAAACCCAUUGGACGGACUCUCACAAAUUCAAGCAGCAGCGCUAGACCAGGCAUACCAUUCCGAACUCGUAUUACAACCUGGAUUCUCGAGUGACGGUAUGGCUAAAGCUAUUCACGAAAAGUAUAAUCAUAAUUUGGUUGGGUUCGUUGAUGGGACUAGAUGGCAUGCACAGUUUUCACACUUGUAUUCGUAUGGGGCCUCGUAUUAUGCGUAUUUCUGGUCAAAGAGGUGGGCUGAAAGGAUUUAUGAGAGGUUGUUUAGUGUUGAUGGGAAGAGCGGGAGUAGCAGUAGUGUUGAGGAUGUUUGGAGACGUGGUGGACAAGUGUUUUGGAAGGAGUUGUUGGCACCUGGUGGUGGGCGGGAUCCGUAUAUAGGGUUGCGUAAGAUUGGGCUUGAGGAGGAAGAACACACGGCUUCUUCGACCAGGAAAAAUUCUUUUGUAAAAUAG